AACGAUUGGAUGGAGAAAAAAAAGAUGCUUAAACUAUGAAUCCAAUAUUUCUACUGCUCGAACUUAACCAAUGCUCGUGAAAUAUCCACAACUUUAAACCAGAUUAGCUCCCUAGAUGACUGCCACAACGCCCCAGGGACCUCGAUCAGCCAGUGGAGGUUGGUACAUCUCCGGCUAGAAAAGCCGCUCUCCAUGCACCUUCCUCGCUCAGCAGGUCACCUCACCUGCCACUCGCCUUGUACCACAAAUCUUUCUGUUACAGCAUCGCAAAUUCAAAAGCCGAAAAGUCGCUGUCUCUUGCAGUCGUACUCGAUUUCUAUCAAGCACUUUGUAAUUCAAUCAUCAUCUUCCUCUUUAUCUAUACUAUGGGCCUCAUCUUUACGCUACUAUUGUCGAGCCUCUCUUAGCGACAAUUUCAACACACAGCUGUGGAUAGAUACCCCAAACACGACACAGUAGCAACCCUCACGGCGAAGGAAUUCAGGGGCCUCUGAGAAAGUCAUCCUUCUUCUACGGAAUACAACUACGCAAUUUACUGGAAGGGCUACCCACCUUGCGUUGCUCCACGCUGCGUGCCGUUCAGUCCCCUUCCAUCCUCCUUUACCACGCCUACCGAGAGUUACACCAAACUCGUUUCACAUUUUGUCGUUGUGAUUCUUGAUUAACUUUUCAUGCUCUACCUCUUUCUCUCACAUCAGACUGCUACAGCAAACGAUAAAUCGAGAUAGCCUUCUUAAGUCAAUGUUGGCUCCUCGACCAUACUCACUCUUGACCUGGUUGAAGCUUGAAAACUAACGUUGAGUUUGUUGAGAAAGCUGACCUGGAAAAAUAUCAUUUUAUUUCAGUAUAAAAGUUGUCAAAACACACAAGGGCCGGCGAAUUUCAACCUGGCCAGUGUGUCUUUGUCCCCAAUAUGUCUGGGAAAACGGAAGCGCGAUUGCCUUCCGAUCUCAAAUCACAUAUGAGGAGCGACAAGAGUCCAGCCGAUGACGAUAACGAUGAUCCUAAUGACUCAAAACGCAGAGUUAAACGGAGAACAAAAACAGGUUGCCUUACCUGUAGAACCCGCCGAGUCAAAUGUGACGAAGCCAGGCCAACAUGUAACAAUUGCGCAAAAGGAAACCGACUAUGCGAGUACGCUCCCAAGAGGGUCAUAUUCAAGGAGCCCAUGGCCCCAUCUAGUGUUCAUAUGCCACCGCGAAUAAUGCAUACUCAACCGCCUUUUUUGUCUGGAUUCGAUACCGGCCAGGGUCGUUCAAAUACUUCAUCUACAUUACCCAUGUUGGCACCAAAACCGCCGUCAUGGAAUUCUCAGCAGCAAUAUCCCCAGUCGGCACAUCCUAUUCCCCAAAACUAUUCUAGUUCACAGCCGCCCGCUCAACCGGGUCCUUCAAAUUUGCCUUUUAGUUACAGGUAUAACCCGCCUACAGCCGAAGCAAGUUCUGCAUAUAGUACGCUCCCAAAUCCUCUAAGGCCAGCAGCUCGCUCUUCUCAGGAGCCAUCACUUCCCCAGCAAAGUAAUAGUUUCCCGUCGACCACACAACAACCUGAUCCCUGGACCGGUAAUACGCCACAGCUUGCCACUACGGUUAACGCAAAUGCGAGAACGAACCCUACUCCCGAAACCCCUGAUGCAAUGGUUGAUGAAGAGACUAUCGACUUAGGAAUGUCUGAUGAUGAUUUACCUGAUGCUACUGACGAUUCAGCCCCCAAUAUUGGUAUUCUCACUCGAGCGUGGAAUGCCAUUGGAACCACCAAGGUUUUGGACUCAUUUUUGGAGAACAAGGCUCUCUUUUCGUACAUGGAACAUCCCAAUCAACCAGAACUCCAUAACAGUGGCCUUCGGGCGGUUGUAUGGUAUUUUGUCAACGUUACCAGUCCUUCAAUCUCUCUGUAUGAGAGAGAACCGUAUGAACUGACAAAGACCAACCCAGACAAGAGCAGCAAAGGGAUUGGUGGAAAUGAUCUCUGGUGUCGCACAAUUCCUAUAAUGGCGUUCCAUAACCCCGGAUUGCUCCAAGCCGUGUUAGCAUUGGCAAGUUUGCAACUUGCUAAUCUUCAAAAUGCGCCACCAACAACAGCAAUGAAACACUACCACCUAGCUAUUGUAAGGGUAAAAAGGAAUGUUAUGAGCUCUACCAGAAGAAAAAGGUUGGCAACCCUAGCAACCCUUCUUUUACUCUCAUUUUUUGAAGUUUGGGCCGCCGAUCAUUCGAAAUGGUGUCAGCACCUUUUCGGCGCUAGCAUCCUAAUUAAGGAAAUAAAGUUCCAAAAGAUGGUUCAGCGAUGCCUACCUGCCAAACGAAGGAGAGAACUACAAAGCAUCCCGGCUAGUGAGAGGCACCUUUACAUUGGGGAUACGAGUUUGAACUAUGAACUACUCCAAGCCAUCACUGGCCUUGCUGUCAACGCUGAAGAUUAUGGCCUCGGAGAAAAUCAGCCACUCGUUGACCCCCAUUUGCCUGCUUCCGAAAGAGACAUUAAGAACUUUGAAAACCAUGCAGAUUUAUUUUGGUGGUUUUGUAAGAUGGAUGUCUAUCAAAGCUUUUUAGGAGGCACCAAGUUGCUGAUGAACUACGAAAGAUGGUUGCAUUGCCCACCAAGAACACCUAUUGCAAAAGCUAAGCAAGUUUACGGAACAUAUGAUCAUGUGGUCUUGUUGCUUGGUCGGCUCGCCAAUUUUUCAGCAAAAGAUCGGGUACGCAAAAACAAAGAAAAUGCUGCACAGGCGUCACCACAAACACGAGCAUCACCACCAUUUCCUGGAAUCGUUCCGACACAAGGUAAAGUCCGGCCUCCUACGGGGUUUAGCCCACCUCCUGGAGUGUCUCCUCAGAGCGAGUCUACAGCAGAAGAGUUUGAGGCAACUUGGACUCUUGAGACUGCCUUGCAAGAGUGGGAGCAAAUACGCAGAGCAUUUGCUCUGCUUAAAACAUGGUUCUCCCCAGAGUUUCAGCCCUUGAGUACCGAAUACGCUGACCGCAGAAACUCACCUUUUGGUACAGUCAUCCAAUACCGGUCUUACGCGGUUGCUGGUGUAUGGAUGAACUACUACAUGGGUCUUAUCCAUCUUUAUAGAUGUCAUCCAAGAAUGCCCUGGGCGGCAUUGCAGGCUGUGGGAAGAGCCGCUCAGGAGACAUCGACAUAUGCAAAUCAGAUUGGGAGGAUUUCUUGUGGCCUUCUCCCUGACACGACGCAUAUGCUUGAUGCAAAUCCCCUGGUUGCUGCGGCAUUGAUUGAGUGCGCAUUUUGUCUUUUUGUUGCUGGUGUACAGUUCCAAGAAGCUUCCCAGAGAUUAUGGCUUGUGAAACGGAUGCACGAUACCACAAGACUGACUGGAUGGAAAACAGCAGCUCAAAUUGCUGAAGGCUGCGAAUCUGCCUGGAUCAAGGCGGCGCAGCUUAACGGAGGCGCCCCGUAUAAGAGUCACUUCAAUCUUGGAAACGAUCGCAUUUCAAUCUGGCAAAACCCUCGCCGAGUGGACAGGAUGAUCCAUGAAUCGGACGAAGGAGAUAAUGACAAGCGAAUAGUUCUUGCAACACAUCAGCGCGCCCAUUAUGCGCUGGGACUCUUGGGCGUUGAGCAAGAUAUGCAGGUAUUGGACCUAGACGAAGAUAACGAUGCACAUCAUUGAAGGAGUGGAAAGUUACUAUGGGCGUCGGAGGCAAGAAUAGAAUCAAUGAACCUUUGUAGUAGAAAUGGCCGAGACUUAGCGAGGAUCAGCACCUGUCUCACCACCAACGGUCGGCAGGCUUGACUGUGGGCACUGCAGAACUUGGAAUAAUAGUCAAGGUCGAAGCGAAAUAUGAAUACUUUACUCAACCACUAGUCCCUGUUUAUAUAAGGCUUGUUUUACAGAUAAGCGAAUGAAACGAUACAAGUGGCUCCCCUUUGGGCAUGGAGUCGAAGACUUGAAGAAUAUAAUGUCAUUAAAAGAAGCUCGUAUUUUUCUUAAUCAGGUUUAGUUUGUAGGCAAUCGCUCAACAACUGCAGCCAUCUCCUCGUCUGUGUAUAUUCUGAAACCCUUUUCCUUGGUGACGCUUGCAAGCUGCACAUUCUUGGAAUCUAGCUUUUCCUCCAUGACCUGCUUAAGGGUCUUCAGUACCAAAGUUUCGGCAUCUGCGAUUGUGAGGGACUAUACAGUACCCUUGAUCAGCAUGCAGAUAUAAGACCGGUGUUAUUAUAGUGACUCACCUUGUGGUAUUCGUUCUGCAACUCGGCUUGCGCUCCUUCGGAUCCCGAGCCAAUGGCCUUUGCGUCGUAGCGGUAAAAGGUGCCACUGGGCUCAGCGUGGAACAGUUGAGGCCCGUUUUCAUCAUAACCAGCAAUAAGAAGAGCAACACCAAAGGGUCUGCUCAUGAUGGUUUCUUCUCCGUCAGCACCUUCACCAAAUCGAAGGGCAAGAUCGCAAAUAGCCUGAGUGCAGCUCUCUACGCCGAGAGGUUCGUUGUAGUUGAAGUAGUGGCUCUGACUCUCGACACGAGCGUGUUCCACCAUAGAUCGUGCAUCGGCCUGAAGACCAGACAUGGCACAUCCAAUAUGGCGAUCAAUCUCGACAAUCUUUUCGACCGAUGAUGUUUCGAGAAGGGUCGACGUCACUCGCUUCUCGACACCGAGGAUAACGCCCUCGGACGUGGCGACACCGAUGGCGGUAGAGCCGAGCUUGAUGGCCUCGAGAGAAUAUUCGACUUGGAAAAGACGGCCUUCGGGGGAGAAUGUGUUGAUCCCGCGAUCUGGGGCGGAGGGCAGAGUGUCAGUAGUUGCGUUGCUGAUGAGCUCUGAGGGACUGGGCAUCCAGCGGCUUACCAUAUUCAGAUCUUGACAUAAACAUGGCGGCGGUAUGUGCGGUUCGAUGCUUAGGCUAGAGUAGUUGAUAUUUUACAGGUGCAGUAUGCGAGAUUCGAGACUGUCGUGGCGAAUUGGGUAGGUGAUGGCGAGAUCAAGAGUUUCGAAGUGACGCGGAGCUGUCGCAAGUGGUUGGAGCUGCUGGCGGUGCUAGGCAAGCACCUGGAGUACGAAGCCUGUGCCAGCCUGUGGGGCGGUCGCCGCUUUACGACUCUGUGUGGUCGAGGGGCGGGUUGGGCUUAAAGCAG